AUGAGAACCAUACUUCUAGGCUAUCAACCAAAACCUCGCCAACAACUUUACUGUGGCAGCUCUAUUCAAAUGCUACAUACCAUACCCUGGACAACACCACUGGAAGAUGCAUGGAGGCUAAAUUUCGCUGCAUGUGGCCCUAAUGUGCUGAGGCAUGGGGGAGCAGGAUACGUCCUUCGCGAGCAUCAUGGCUUAUUUAAAGCUGCUCGUGCAGAGCCAUUGCCAAAUUAUUUCAGCCACCUUGAAACGAAACUUGUAGCCCUUGAGUUGGGUCUACGAGAAGCCAUAGCACAAGGCAUUGAUUACCUUGAGGUUGAGGGACAUUCUGUUGAUGCAAUUGCAGUGGCCUUUGAUGACAAGGCAACACUUACGCCCUCGAAAAGUUCCACCGCCCAUAAAUGCCGUAAACUUUUACAAGCAUUUAAACUUGUUAAAUUUCACCCCGUGACGGAAUUCGCUAACAGGGCUGCCAUGAAAUUAGCAGAAAUGGCAACUGUUGAAGCAGGGAUGCAACACUGGAUUAUGGAACCUCCCCCCGAAAUAGCUACGAUACUGGUUGAAGACAUGACUGGGUAUUGGCAUGGUUUAUAA